AUUCCUUCAAACAAUCACAACACAAUGACUCAUCUCAAUAUGAACAUGGCUCCCAGCUUCACCUUCCUAGCUUCCCUGAUCCUGGCCCUGGCCCUCCUCUCCUCCUCCCACGCCGCCACCGUGGACGUCACCAACCGCUGCAGCUACCCCGUGUGGGCGGCGGCGGCGUGGCCUUCCUCGCCGCCGCUGGGCCGGCGCCUGGACAACGGGCAGUCGUGGCAGGUGAACGUCCCGCCCGGCACCGUGCAGGCCCGCGUGUGGGGGCGCACCAACUGCAACGGGGGGCGGUGCGAGACCGGGGACUGCAACAACGGCGCCAUCGAGUGCACCGGGUACGGGCAGGCCCCCAACACGCUGGCCGAGUUCGCACUCAACCAGCCCAACAACCUCGACUACGUCGACAUCUCGCUAGUCGACGGCUUCAACAUCCCCAUGGAGUUCAGCCCCGUCAACGCCGGCGCGUGCAGGAACCUGCGCUGCACGGCCAACAUCAACGGGGAGUGCCCGGCCGAGCUCAGGGCCCCGGGCGGGUGCAACAACCCGUGCACCGUGUAUAAGGAGAACCAGUACUGCUGUACGGAUGGACCGGGGACAUGCGGGCCCACGCCGUUUUCCAGGUUUUUUAAGGAGAGGUGCCCGGAUGCGUAUAGCUACCCGCAGGAUGAUCCCACUAGCCUCUUCACCUGCCCGGCUGGCACUAAUUAUAAGGUUAUCUUCUGCCCCUGAAUUAAUUAAUACUAAUAAUAACAAUAACUGUUCAGGGUGGUUUCAUUAGCUCUGUUACUUCUUUCUGCUAUGGUCUGUUGUGUAUGUACAACACCCCUUGUACUUGUUCCAAAUUGAAAUAAUAAACUUUUAUUUAUACUUA